GUCCACAGAUUAAGUAGAAGGACGAGUAAUCUUGAUCUCUUCCUCAACAAUAUAAAUAGUAGCUAACUGGGUGAUACUUCUCAUUGUAAACGUAUGAUUUUCUUGGUGCUCAAAGUAAAGAUGGGAGGUAAACAAGUUUCUUCAAGCGUGGCGGUUCUGGCUUUGAUCACUCUAUUACUAGUUGUUUCCGUAUCAGCUAAAAUACCAGACAGCACUCUGAAGAAAAUUCAACGAGUGAACUCCAGGGGGCCAUAUCUUGCCCUCCUCACAGUAUAUCCACCAGAAGAGGCAGCUUUUAAUGCAAGUAAAAUUUUUAAGGAAGAUGAAAAAUCUCACGUGGAUCUGUCAGGCAGACGAUUUCGCGUGGGAACAGUAAAUGGCGUGAAAGUAAUCUAUGUUAGAUGUGGAGUUGGAAUGGUGAAUGCGGCAGCAGCCACGCAGCAACUGGCAGAUUUUUUUAACAUCAGGGGAAUAGUCCAUUUUGGCAUUGCUGGAAGUUUAGACCCUAGAAUAAGCUAUGGAGAUGUUGCCGUUCUAAAACGAGUUGCUAACACGGCCGUUUAUGAUUGGCUGAACCCAAAAGCAAAUACAACCCAUUCCCAUGUAACAAAGGAUGAUUUGAUCAUCGGGAAAUACCAUCUGCCCAAAAAAGGGAAUGAGAAUUCCAAUAGUUUGGGACGCGUGGCAUUCCGUGGUGAAAGAUUUUUUCCUCCCAAGGGAGAGCCUAACGUUGAUAUUUCUGAAACAUGGUUUAAUUCCACCGAGAAGUGGCUUGGUCUUGCUUCUCAAUUAGUACAUACGGUGAAAUUGAAUAGCACGGGACUCCCACAAAAGGCGAAGGUAGUAGUCGGAGUUAACGGAUCCACGGCCGAUAUUUCUCUGGAGAAUUUAGCUUACAGGACCUUCCUUUAUGACGAAUUUAGAGUCUCAGUCCACGACGCUGAGAGUUCAGCCGUUGUAAUGACAAGCUCAUCAAAUGGGUAUAAAGUAAUUGCCAUCCGUGGUCUAUCAGAUUUAUCUGGAGCUGAUAAAGCAGGUACUCCGAGUUAUCGGGACAUUACAGCCAACAAUACAGUUGCAGUUCUUCAUGAUUUUAUCCAAAUUCUACAUGACAAUGGCGAAGCUUAAGUUGAAACCUUUUAAGUGAUUAGAUUGGAGUCAGGGCACUUUCUUUCCUAUGGUUAUGUAAUAAUAAUUGAUGAACUGCAUGUAGAUGUUGAAGGGUAUUAGUUUUAACUGAUUACCACUUUAAUUUU